AUGCAGUUAAUAGCUGCUGCUAUUGGGACAUUCUUCUUGAUAUUCGCCGCUGCCGGCGUGGUGGACGCCGACAAAGAGAAGGCAAUUACUCACGCCGGCGUGGCCGUCGUGUGGGGCCUCGUCUUAAUGGUCAUGAUUUAUUCCGUCGGACAUAUUUCCGGCGCACACUUUAACCCCUCAGUCACUAUGGCCUUCGCCACGUGUGGCAGAUUCCCAUGGAAACAGGUACCAGCGUAUGCCGGAGCUCAGAUCUUGGGAGCAACCCAAGCAAGCGGGACCCUACGAUUACUGUUCAGUGGGCCCCAGGACCAAUUUGCCGGGACCCUCCCAUCGGGUGCCAACAUGCAGUUGCUCGCGCUAGAAUUCCUCAUUACUUUUCUUCUCAUGUUCGUCAUAUCCGGCGUCGCCACAGACAACCGAGCUAUUGGAGAACUUGCUGGCUUAGCCAUUGGGCCCAUUUCAGGAGCAUCGAUGAACCCAGCAAGGAGUUUGGGCCCAGCUAUUGCAGCGAGCAACUAUAAAGGAAUAUGGAUCUACCUAUUGGGCCCAUCAGCCGGGACCAUAGCUGGGGACUAG